CGCAGCCCAACACACUCACACACAAUACACUCACGCACACAGAUGCGCCCACUCUGCCUACUUCCACAGUUUCUUUAUUUUCUGCAGAAAAAUUAGAAAAACGGCACGAAACGAAAUCAAUUGUGAGCGCGCUACAGAGGCGAGAACGAGAGAACACGGUAGCCAAAGUGCAAUCAAUCUAUAAUGCAAGCUGCUGCUGCUACAGCAGACGCGGUCGCAUAAUCGAACAAUUGCUGCUGCCCGAUUUUCGAGACAAGAGGAGACGGAGUUUCGGGUUGUUGUUGCUGGUGCUACUACUGCUGCUGGUCGGUAUUCGCCAGUAGUUGCCGCCGUCGCCGCUGCCACCGCCACCACCCGCCGUCACUGUCGUCGUACGUGGCGUUUAUUUGCACAAUUGCCGCCGCGACAACGACACGGCUUAAUCAGAAGUCGUCGGUCGGAGCAGUCCGAGGUCGUCGCGAGUGCUGCUUCUGCUGCUGGAACUUCCACCAUCAGAUCCAACAGGGCCUCAAUGACGGACGCCGCAGGCAACGCACUGGCCGAGAAGGGGCUGCCGGAGAUGAAGGGAUGGCUGCUAAAGUGGACCAACUACAUCAAGGGCUACCAGCGGCGAUGGUUCGUCCUGUCCAAGGGCGUGCUCAGCUACUACCGCAACCAGUCGGAGAUAAACCACACAUGUCGCGGCACCAUCUCGCUGCACGGUGCCCUCAUCCACACAGUCGACUCGUGCACCUUUGUCAUCUCGAACGGCGGCACGCAGACAUUUCACAUCAAAGCGGGCACCGAGGUGGAACGACAGUCCUGGGUGACGGCCCUCGAGCUGGCCAAGGUCAAGGCCAUUCGGGCGAUAGAGAGCGAGGAAGAGGAGGAGGAGGAGACGGCCCAGGUGGUGCCCAGCCAGGAGAUCAGUUCGGUGGUGCGGGAUCUCACCGAGCGGCUGGAGAACAUGCGCACCUGCUACGAUCUGAUCACUAAGCACGGAGCCGCCCUGCAGCGGGCCCUCAACGAUCUGGAGUCCAACGAAGAGGAGUCGCUGGCCAGCCGCACAAAAAUAGUCAACGAGCGGGCCACGCUCUUUCGGAUAACAUCGAAUGCGAUGAUCAAUGCUGGCAAUGACUAUCUCCAUUCGGCCGAGGCGCAGGGUCACAAGUGGUCCAAGAUGCUCCACCACGAGCGCGAGCAGCGCCAGAAGCUCGAGGAGAUCAUCGAGCAGAUGGCCAAGCAGCAGUCCCAGAUGGAGCAGGCCGCCGUCCUGGUGCGCCAAAACAAACCCGUUCCGCCCAUGGUCUCGUCCAGCACCACAAUGUCCCUGAACGCUGGCGGCAGCAGCUCCAACACGGCUCUAACCUCCGACGACGAGGUGGAGUUCUUCGACGCCUUGGAGCACGCCUUACCCGGGGAUGGCACCUUCAUCCUGAAACUGAACAAACGACGCAGCAGCUCCGAGGACCAGUUCGAUGGCCAGACGGGCAGCUCCUCGGAGAGCGACGAACAGAAGCGCACCAUCAAAACCAUCCAACAGGUCUGUCUGGUGAGUGCGCCCCGCGUUGCCUCCGGUGGAGGGACCUACGUGGACGACGAAGACGAUGUGGAUCGAGCCGCCCAGUUGGAGAACAGUGAGUCGCGGGUUAGCAGUACCAGGAGCAACAGGCCGGUGAAGGUUCGCCGCCAGAGGGUCCCCGACAAGCCCAACUAUCCCCUGAGCCUGUGGUCCAUCAUGAAGAACUGCAUUGGCAAGGAUCUGUCGAAGAUCCCCAUGCCCGUGAACUUCAACGAGCCGCUCUCCAUGCUCCAGCGCCUGGUGGAGGACUACGAGUAUUCGGACAUACUCGAUCAGGCCGCCAACUGCAAGGAUGCGUGCGAACAGCUGGCCCAUGUAGCCGCCUUCACCGUCUCCGCGUACGCAACGACAACGAACCGCACGGGCAAACCGUUCAAUCCACUGCUCGGCGAGACCUAUGAGUGCGAUCGCAUGGACGAUUUCGGCUGGCGCUGCCUGGCCGAGCAGGUCUCCCAUCAUCCCCCAGUCGCGGCGCUCCACUGCGAGAGCACCAAAUGGGUCUGCUGGCAGGAGUUCUCGAUGACCAGCAAGUUUCGCGGCAAAUACGUUCAGAUAAAUCCCUUGGGCGGGGCCUAUGUGCACUUCCCGAACAGCGGCAACCGCUACUCCUGGCACAAGGUGACCACCACCGUAAACAACAUAAUCGUGGGCCGCUUGUGGGUGGACCAGCACGGGGAGAUGGAGAUAAUCGGCUCCCAUGCGUCGCAGGGCAACAAGUGCAUCCUGAACUUCAUCCCGUACUCGUACUUCAGCCGCGAGGUGCAGCGGAGCGUCAAGGGCGUGGUUAUGAAUCAGCGCAACGAGGUCAAGUGGGUGAUUCGCGGCACCUGGGAUGCCCAGAUCGAGAUUGCGCCCGUCCUCAAGACAUCGGGCACUCCGGACAGCCCCACAUACACCACGGGCGAGUACAAGGUGGCAUGGGAGCGCCGUCCCGCACCGGCCGAUUCGGAUAAGUACUACAAUUUCACGACACUGGCCUGCCAGCUCAACGAGGAGGAGGAGGGUGUGGCGCCAACGGACUGCAGACGACGUCCCGACCAGCGGCUGAUGGAGCAGGGCAACUGGGAUGAGAGCAACAACGAGAAGCUGCGUCUCGAGGAGAAGCAGCGCACGGUGCGCAGGCAGCGGGAGAGCGAAGCAGAGCAUGCGGCAUCCGAGGGCAGACCCUAUCCGGCCUACGAGCCCAUGUGGUUCAAGCGCGAGAAGGAGGAGGACAGCGAGAACUUUGUCCAUGUUUACAAGAACACCUACUGGGAGGCCAAGGAGGCGCAGGACUGGAGCGGCUGCCCCGACAUCUAUUAAUCUACAGCAAUUACACGCAACACAGAGGACAGCCUUAGCAAAAAAUAUUCUAAAAAGAUUUCUUCAGCCUCGAAACACGCGCAGAAACAUCCAUUGCAUCAUAUACACACACACCUAGUAUACUAUGGAACUAAUCUGUGUAACAACAUUCUUCGAUCUAGUGGAUAUAUAGUACUAUAAAUUGAACGGCCUGUAACGUAGCUAAAGCCCCAACCCGCCUUCCACCACCUUCGGGAAUCUUCAACGAAAUCUAUUCUCUUCUGUUGUUCUCUUUUGGUUAUUCUCUUCCCCUUCGCCUUCCACGAGCAUUUGCUUUUCCAAAUACUACCUUGCAGACUUACGGCACAACCCAUUUGUAUCCGUAGA